CAGUUCAGUUUCAUGAGUUCAUGACACCGGUCAUUUGUGCGUUAAAGAUAUAGAAAGUAUAAGAAGAAAGUGAAUUACUGUAAUACAAAAAGGUCUUGACGUAUUUUGUCUUAUUCAUUUUAUUUGAACCGCCUAUUGAAGCUGAUAAACACAAUUAUACUAAUUAUUAUGACUCUAACAACAAUUCGAUAUCUUCUUUCUGUGUAAAAUCAUUUAUUUCCCGGUCAUAGGAUCAGUUUAAGAAUUCCUUGAUUUAUGUGGUGUAGUUCAUGAUGCGAUUUUAUUAUAUUCUGCUGUUAUUGUUCUUUGCUCCAAGUGAAAUCUUGAGUGGGAAAUCGAAAUAUCACAGCAACAAUGAGAUUCUGGGUUUCUUAGAUCGUUUUUCUGAAACAUCUUCCCUCAAAACACAUGUUUUUUCAAUAGGAAAGUCGGUUUCAGGGUUUCCUCUGAAAGUUUUGAGAAUCAAUCAACCAGGAAAUAGGAUAGGUGUUCCGAGCAUUAAACUAAUUGCAAAUAUCCAUGGAAAUGAAGUUGUAGGAAGAGAGGUUCUGUUGCAUUUCAUUCAGUUUCUUGACAAAAACUACGAAACCAACAAACAAGUGAAAUGUUUGGUUGAUAACGUGAGGAUUUACAUCUUACCAACCAUGAAUCCUGAUGGUUUCUCAGAGUCAAUCCAGGGUCAAUGCGAAGGUGUAACAGGCCGUCAUAAUAAGAAUGACUUCGACCUGAACAGAAAUUUCCCAGAUUACAUCUAUGGAAAUGCUUAUGGAGUACCGCAAGAUGAAUAUAGAAGAAUGAUUCAGCCCGAGGCUGCAGCCAUAAUGAAAUGGAUGAAUAGGACCAGAUUUGUGUUAUCAGCUAGUUUGCACGGUGGAGCAAUGGUGGCGAACUACCCUUUCGAUAACUAUGGAAGUCCAGAGGAGCUUAAUAACAAAUAUGAAGCUCUUACACCCGACCACGAUGUCGUGUAUCAUUUGGCAAAAACAUACGUACACUCCCACAGGAGAAUUUCCAAAGGUGUUCGAUGUCCUUGGGAUGAAUUUGGGCUUCUUUAUUUCGAAGAUGGAUUGACCAAUGGUGCGAAGUGGUAUACUGUGAAAGGAGGAAUGCAAGACUAUAAUUAUGUGGCAGGAUGUAUUGAGUUAACUCUCGAGAUAUCUUGUUGCAAGUAUCCACAACCAAAAAAACUAUCAAUGUUCAAGAAGGAAAAUAUACAGCCUCUAUUGAAAUUUGGAUUACAAGCUUUACGAGGCAUUAAAGGUAGAGUUUUCGAUAGCCAAACGCAAAAACCCAUAGCUGAAGCAAUCCUGCACAUUGUUGGUCGUAAAUUUACUUUCAGAACUAGUAAGAAAGGAGAGUUCUGGCGCAUUUUGAGACCAGGAGCAUACAAUCUAAAAGUAGAAGCUGUUGGUUACGAGUCUGUUACUGAAAGAAUAACUGCUGAAGAAUAUUCGGAAGAUGAAUGCCCACAAAUUCCUAUGAUAUCCAUUUCCUUGAAGCCAAAGCAGUGAAGAUAUAGAUUUUAUUUUUGUAGUCACAUUGACUCAACUCUAUGAAUAUAAAAUAUUACGAAAUUGGGUAUUUUUUUGAACA